AGCUUCACUUGACAACUCGUAUAUGGCCAUAGCAGUUCAUCCUCAUUAGUUAUUCUUCACUCAUAUUAUACCAAAGACUUGGACCCAUACUCGGAAUUAUUCAUCAAUUCACUACGCCAUCUCCAUAUUCCAUCCCCGCUUUUUGUCUUGAACUUCUCAUAAAACUUCUCUUCACCAUGACUGAGACACAUCCCAUCACAGUCGAGUCUUUACCGGAUCUCCUCAAAGAUGAUACCAAAGUGAAGUUGGCCGGCGUAGAUGUUGAUGGCCAACUACGAGGAAAGAUCAUAUCCAAGAAAAAGUUUCUCUCAGUAGCCAAAGAGGGGUUUGGUUUCUGCAGCGUCAUAUUCGGCUGGGAUAUGCACGAUAGGACCUAUGACCAGGAACUCAAGAUUAGCAAUAAGGAGAAUGGCUACCGCGACCUCAUCGCCGUGCCUGAUCUGAAAAGCUUCCGCCGUAUACCUUGGGAAGAUGACAUUCCCUUUUUCUUGGUGAACUUCUUCGACGACUCACAACCUAUGUGCGCCGAUCCGCGGGGUCUGCUUCGGUCCAUCGUCGAGAAAUUGGAGACCAAGGGUUGUAACGCCAUGGCAGGAGCCGAACUCGAAUUCUUCCAAUUCAAAGUACCCUCUUCGUCUUCCUCUACUACGGAUUCAUCCGCUCCUUCUGUUGUCACCUACCUAAACAAUAAUCCACCGCACGCCCUGCCGCCUUUGACGGAGGGUAUGUUUGGCUACAGCAUAACGCGACCGACCCUCAACAAAUCCUACUACCACGCAGUAUAUGAUGCGUGCGUCAAAUUCAAGUGCGAUUUAGAAGGAUGGCAUACGGAAAGCGGGCCUGGGGUGUAUGAAGCGGCGUUGGAGUUUGGCCAGAUCUCCGAGAUGGCCGACCGUGCUUCCCUCUUCAAGUACGUGGUCAGGUCCGUAGCUAGCGAAUACGGCAUUACCCCUUGUUUCAUGGCAAAGCCUCGGUAUGGUCUACCGGGGAAUAGCGGGCACACUCACGUGUCUGUCGUGGACAAGGACGGCAAGAACCUCUUCUAUCGUGAGGUCAAGGACGAGAACGCAAAGUACUCCGAUAUUGCCCAUCUAAGCGACUUGGGGAGACAUUUCCUCGCGGGCAUUCUAGAAGGGCUGCCUGAUAUCAUGCCAAUGCUUGCGCCCACCAUAAACAGCUACAAGCGUUUGGUAGAAAACUUCUGGGCCCCUGUGACCGUUUCAUGGGGUCUGGAGCAUCGCGCCGCAUCCGUUCGACUGAUCGCACCGCCGACCUCCAAGCCUGGAGCCACUCGGUUUGAGAUUCGUGUUCCGGGUGCCGAUGCAAACCCUUACUUCGUCAUGUCAGCCAUCCUAGCCCUCGGCUGGCGCGGCGUAGAGAAGAAGCUCGAGCUUACCCUCCCGCCUUUGGGCAAGGGUCAAGAUGUGGGGGGUAGUGCCGACCAAGGGGCUCGACUCGCGAAGAACCUGAAAGAGGCCACUGAUAGAUUUAUGCGCAAAGAAAGCAUUGCUCGCGAGGUGUUUGGUGACGAUUUUGUUGAUCAUUUUGGCGGUACGCGAGAGAACGAGAUACGACUUUGGGAUGAAGCGGUAACGGAUUGGGAGCUCAAGCGAUACAUCGAGACGGUAUAAAGGCAUGAUUUUCUGAUGAUAUCGUAGACUGAAUGUACGAUGCCCCUGUAUGACAACCCUGAGCACCUACUAGGUACUUAGCACAAUUGAUUACAAUCUUUUUUUUUAUUCGAGUCGAUUCGCAGUGUCUUUCGACUCGCUCAUUGCACAUCUUCAUUGCGGCUUUUGCGUUUCUAGUCGGAUGAAAAUCGAGUAAGCUUUGCACAGGUAGAACUGUACUUUUUGGGCGUCAGAUUAUAGUAGAGGUAUUUCUUGCGGUGCUACGCUGGAUGCCGAUCUAUCUGACGUACAUAUAGAAGUCAAUCUAGGCAUGUAGGUAUGUAUGUAAGUGGC